CUGAGACAAAGAUGGACUGGAAAUGUGUGGCUUGAGAAAUGGUGGAUUUAGUGGUAAAAGGGUCGAAGUGCGCAACAAUGGUGGACACAGGAGCAGAGAUGAAUAUCAUCAAGAAAGCUGAUGCACUUAGAUUCGGGUUGGAUAUAGACCGCUCAUAUUGCGGCAUUCUGCACGGGGCAAAUUGCAAGGCCGUAUUUUGCGGAACGACGUCUAACGUGCUUAUCGAAAUCGGAAAAGUAAAGGCAGGAGCUUGCUUUUUCGUCAUGCCUAACGUAGAUCAUGCCAUCCUCUUGGAUGUUAGGAGCUUCCUCGACACGUGUGGGUUUUGGAGAACCUUCGUCAAGAACUUUGCCGCCAAGACUGGGCAUUUGAGAAAGUUGGUUCGUCAGGACCAUAAAUGGAUCUGGGGUGAGGAGCAGGAGAAGGCGGUGACUAAGAUGAAGGAGGAGUUUCGAGAAGAAGGGCUGGUAUUGGGAGCACCGGACUAUGAGGCCACAAAGGUAGAGAAGCACGAGGAGUUGAUGGGGGGAAUGUACCUUCUCGUCAAUACGCUUCUGCAAGGAAAUUUUGAUAAAGUAAGCACGCUGAAUCCGGCUGAGAAUGAAGAUAUUGUGCCAGAGAACCCGGACGACGAGUUUGAGGAAGGGGAAAUCAAAGAAGCGUUCCGUGCAGAGGAGUAUGAUAGGAUCUACCUAGAGCUGGGACUUUUCUUAUCAAGUCCAUCCCAUGAGCCAUCCAUUAGAAGGGUCAUCCUGGAGCCAGAGGAGGCAAAGGCGAAGAGGGAGGCAAAAAAAGAGGCCUUUGAGUUUCAGACGCCUAUAGAUCUUGCCACCCAACCUAUAGCUUCUUCUAGGCUAGCGGCAGAGUCUGUGCAUGUACAAGCAGGGGAUAGGUCGCGGACAGGUGUCAGCGAGCCUGCAUUUGGAUCUGACGAGGGGUCCAUGAAUGUACUCCUUGAGGCAAUCGACAUUAUGCAGGAAGAGGCAAGCCUGUUUUCGCCAAAGCAGAGGGUGGAGAAGCCUUAUGAGGGAGAGACAGUGGUUGUGAUGGAGGAUGUCGUCGAGGGCAGACCACAGAGGUUAGAUACACUUGAGUACAGGCCUGAGAAGGCAAGCCUGUUUUCGCCAAAGCAGAGGGUGGAGAAGCCUUAUGAGGGAGAGACAGUGGUUGYGAUGGAGGAUGUCGUCGAGGGCAGACCACAGAGGUUAGAUACACUUGAGUACAGGCCUGAGAAGGCAAGCCUGUUUUCGCCAAAGCAGAGGGUGGAAAAGCCUUAUGAGGGAGAGACAGUGGCUGCGAUGGAGGAUGUCAUCGAGGGCAGACCACAGAGGUUAGAUACUCCUGAGUACAGGCCUGAGGGAGUUGGAAUACGGAUAGAGCCGAGUACGCAGAAGUAGGAGACGAGACAUGAGGAGCCUAUGGGUAUGCCCCAAUACCAUGA